CAGCUCCUGUUGCUGUAGCUCAGCUUCCUUCCUUUAGUUCACGUUCAGCUUUCUCUGCAUGUGUCAUGGCUGGGGAAAUAGCAUGUGCGGACCUAAACAUUCAGGAAAUGCCUUCCAGUUCAAGGAUACCGAUGCCUCGUCCUGGCAGGAACUGCAGCAAUGACCAUAGGUAUACACAGGGCCUUCGCGUUGCUCUUGGAACUGCCUGCGCUGUGAUUUUCCUCCUCACUCUGGCUGUAGUAAGGCUGAAAGUUUUGGUUUUGCAGCCUAAACAAACACCAGAGGACACCAGCAGCAGCAGCAGCACUGACUCUGAAUUUAAGCUACAGCUGAAACACUAUAUGUGCAGCUCUCCAAGCCACAGCGGAAGAGAGGAUGCCCCAAACUGCAAAAUAUGCCCCAAUGACUGGGAACUGCACAGGGACAUCUGCUACUGGAUCUCUCAAGGGCAAAAAACCUGGACCGAGAGCCAAGAUGACUGCAAAGGAAAGAACUCCACCUUGCUUGUGAUUCGGGACCAGCAGGAGAUGGUAAAUAUGCAACUUAUGAGAAAAGUCUUGCCAACAGGGAUCCAGUUGAAGCAAAGCCCACAAGAGAGUGAGACUUCUGGCCAGGGAUGUGGGACUAUUAUAAUGCAAUUAAGUGAAGAAUCUGUAGCCAAAGGCAAAGGGGAGUUUACCAGAUAUUAG